GCGCCGGGUGAGCAAACGGACACGGAUUCAUUUUCUUGCAUUUGCUCAGUGCUCGCCUCUUUCUCAGCGCGGAAAGGAAGCGGCGGCAGCUCCUCCUCCGGCUCCUCCCUCUUCCUCGGAGGACGGAAACGGAUCCUGGGCGAUCCUGGGCCUCCUUCCUUGGGUCUCCCCGGCGUGCGUUCGGGCUGAAGGGGCGCGAUGGCCAAGAGAGCCCGGCAGCGCCUGAUGGACGCCCUGGAGAACUUGCACGACGGCGAGCUGCGCAAGUUCAAGGCGAAGCUGACCGAGAUCCCGCUCGAGGAAAGCCACGAGCACAUCCCCCGAGGGCGGCUGGAGAAGGCGGACGCGGUGGAUCUGCCCAGUCUCCUGAUCAGCUACUACAAGCAGGAUUACGCGCUGCGCCUCACCGCGCAGGUCUUGGAAGAGAUCCACUGCAAGGACCAGGCGCAGAAGCUCCGCGGAGGCGGCGAGAAGACUGCAUGCUGUAACCCUCAGAUCCCUGUGCCUUCCACCAGUACCACCUCUGGAAGAAAUGAGACACAGCCUCCGGCUCCACCGGAGCAGCAUUUCAUUGAGCGGCACCGGGAGGCCCUGAUCCAGAGGACGGCCACCGUGGAGGGGAUCCUGGACGUGCUGCAUGGCGAUGUCCUGGAUGACGAGCAGUACCAAAAGAUCUCCUCCAAAAGCACCAGCCAGGAAAAAAUGCGGGAGCUCUACAGGUUGCUGCCCAGCUGGAACCAAGCUUGCAAGGAGAAGCUGUACAAGGCCCUGAAGAUGAAAAACAGGUUCCUCGUUGCCGACCUGGAAGGAUAAAAAGGGCAGCCAAGGCACAGCCCCAUUCUGGGGCACAGGAAUUCCGCCUCGGCAUGUCAGGGGACUACCUUGAAGCCAUGUAAUAUCUUGUAUGAGCAAGAAAAACAAGGCAAUAUACUCUGGGGAAGGAAAUGCAGGCAGCCACAGCAGGAAGAACCUGGAGGAGGCCGUCACAUUUGACUCGGGGACACUGGAGUGAGAAGGAACAUGAAUCUGUCCUUUUUGAUAAAGGCCAAUUCUAUUUUCUCUUUGUGUUUAGCCCCCUCGGUGCUUGUAGGAACCAUGAUGUGUGGGAAUGUUCUUGGAUGCAAGAGAGGAUGCAUUGUUUGAUUAUAGCCUUUCCAACUUGGGUUAACAAGUUCACAAUUUAGCAGAGUAACAUUCCCCUUUUUAAACUUACAGCGGAUGCGUUUGCUCAGGCUCGCUAAAGCCUCUAUAAUAACUGUUCUGGUAUUUCCCCCUUAUUCCCUCAUAAAAGAUAAGACACGACACAGUCUUCUAUAAAAGUAUAAAAAGAGUUUACUCAUAUUUUGUUCACAAUCGGAUCCCAGAAGGCAGACUUAGCUUAGAAAAGUAACAUAAACCUUGAAACUAUCUCAUAAGGAGACAGUCCCUCUGUCCUCUCUUGGCUGGAAGCCAAGAGAGCAUCUGGCUAAGCAGAUGUUGCUUCUUUGAUGCAUGUAGUCAAAGAGAGAGAGAUGGCUGUCCUACCCUGUGCUUUUGUCGUUACCUGCACAGGUGAGGCCACACCCACCUCUAGUCACAUGCAGAGGAAGUCUGUCCCAGCCCAGAAGGAAACAGGAAGUUUACCUGCUGGCUGGACAAACAUUCCUCCCCAUGUGUAAAGAUGUUCAUUCUAGGAAUGUUGUACAGUGGUAGCUUGGGUUAAGUACUUAAUUCGUUUUGGAGGUCCGUUCUUAACCUGAAACUGUUCUUAACCUGAAGCACCACUUUAGCUAAUGGGGCCUCCUGCUGCUGCCGCGCCGCUGGAGCACAAUUUCUGUUCUCAUCCUGAAGCAAAGUUCUUAACCCGAGGUACUAUUUCUGGGUUAGCGGAGUCUGUAACCUGAAGCGUAUGUAACCCGAGGUACCACUGUACUUGACUGCUCUUGUGUUUCACAUCCCACAUGAUGCCCUCAGAGAACCCACUGGUGCCUGCCAAGGUCCCCUGCCCCUCCCAGAUUAAUUUUUUUCUUUAAAAAACUGGUGGUUGGUAGGUCAUUUUUUUGGGGGGGGUGUCCUUGUUUGGAAACCUGUUCUCUGCUUUUGUGAGAUGUUUGAGGUGUUUUGAGUGGGUAGGUUCUGAGCAUUGCCAUCUCCCCCCCCCCCCGUGAAUUGGGAUUUUGUAGUGCCCAUGGCAGUUUCCUAGAUUUCCAAAUGGGCCCCUGAUCCCCAAAAGUUUAGGAAAUCUGCUCCAGAGAAAAUGAUUCUACCUCCUAUAUGAAGAACAGACAAGCAGGGGCCGUCAUAUGGCCUGGAUUCUAACCUUUCCACCCAGUAAAGAGGUGGCGAAUAAACUAGUACAUUUUGUUAUUGAUACUAUAUUUAUCAUUUUUCAAAUACUUAAAAUUGACUAAGGAUUUGUAUGCAGAUUAAAAGUCCUACCUCAGCGGCUUGCAAUUUAAAAUUCAGAAUCCAAAAGGAAAAAGAGAAGAGGAGGGAAGAGGAAAACAAGCAGCCUCUAGCACUAGCUCUUAGUUACAUGGUUCUGAGUACGUUGAGCUUGACUGAAACAUUUCAGGGAGGAGAGGAACCGAAUGGCAGCUGUUUGCUCAGCUGAACCAAGGGAGAAGGCUUUCUGCUCCACCUCUUCCUCCACUGCAGCCAGGUGGCCACUGGCUGGUGAUAGUUUAGAGGGAGGAGGAGGAGGAGGCUAAUGGACGCAAAUCUCUCAAGCUCUUUCUCUGCAGCAGCCAUACAAUUUAAGGGAUAAAUUGCUUUGCAUGCAGAUGGUCCUGUAUUCAAUCUCCUCUUUGAAACUCUGGGAAAUCGCUGCCUGUCAGUGUAGACACUACUGAACUAGAUCAGCCAAAUAAUCUGACUCAGUACAGUGGUAUCUUGGUUCUCAAACUUAAUCUGUUCCAGAAGUCCGUUCCAAAACCAAAGUGUUCCAAAACCAAGGUGCGCUUUCCCAUAGAAAGUAAUGCAAAACGGAUUAAUCCGUUCUAGACUUUUAAAAACAACCCCUAAAACAGCAAUUUAACAUGAAUUUUACUCUCUAACAAGACCAUUGAUUUCUAAAAUGAAAGCAAUAAUCAAUGUACUGUACUAUAAAUAAAUAAGACAGUACUGUAUUGUAGAUGCGAAAAAUUAAAAUUACAUUUUUUUCUUAC